AUGCGUGGAGUAAUAACAGUAGUUCCUGCUCAACCACAGACACUUACGGUGAAAGUCACAUCGGGAACAUUUAACGCUCAAUCAUGUGCUUUUCCAUUCAACUAUGAUUCUGUCAAUUAUACAUCGUGUACUACAGUAAAUGAUACUCAAGAAUGGUGUUCACCAACAUUUGCCUACACUGGACAACGACUCUACUGCACAGCUUCAGCGUCUAUACCAACAUCAUCAUGUAAUUCAAGUUCUUGGAUCGAUCCAAGUUCAUGUUCACAAAUGACUCCUAAUUCAAAUUUACAUCAGUUCCUUUUUACACCAUGCACUAUUGGUUCAGUAGAAUCGAUUUCACCACAACAGGGUACUGCUGGUACAACCAUUACAAUCACAGGAACCAAUUUUAGUACAGUACUAUGUGAAAAUCAUAUUUUUAUUGGUUCAUUCUAUGAUUGUCCAAUAAUAAGUGCAUCAACAACAGAAAUCAUCUGUGAAAUUGCUUCGAAUUCAUCACUGAAUGCUAAAAUGAUUCAAGAUAUCCGUGUUGUACGAGAUCUUCAAGGCUAUCUAAGUAAUAAUGGUCUUAUACAAUUUCAAUUCCAAGCAUCUAUUUCUAAUGUAUUACCCAUAGAAGGUUCAAUCUAUGGUGGUACUGAAGUUACAAUAAUUGGCGAUGGAUUUACACCGGUUGAUACUCGUAUUAUUGUUGGAAGUAUUGAAUAUACUAGUAUGGCAACAAUUACUUAUUCUCAAAUAAUAUUUACUACUCAAAUACCACCACCUGAAUAUAUUAAUCAAAUUAUUCCUAUUACGAUCUUGAUUGGCACAAAUACAGCUGUAUGUUCAUUCGAAACAUGUUCAUUUACUUGGGCUGAAAGUAUUACACCUUAUCUUGAUUCAGUUGAUCCGACAUCUAUUACUGGUCCACAAUUAUUAACAUUGACUGGUCGAAAUCUAGUAAUGAAUGAUACAAUACUAGCAACUAGUAUUCAUGUCACUAUCGAUGGACAAAUGUGUAAUGUGACAUCAGUAUCCAACUCAACUAUUGUAUGUCAAAUUGAUAGUAUUCAAGUUGGAGUUCAUCCAAUUGUCGCAUCAAUUGAUGAUAUUGGAACAGUUCUAUCAUCAGCACUGCUUACAUCAAUGAUGUCUAUUUCAAAUUUUUCACCAACAAACAGUAGUAUCUAUGGUGGUGCUCUUCUUACAAUUGAUGGUAAUGGAUUUGCUAGUUCAAUCACUAAUGUUCAAGUUAUGAUGGGUUCUAAUAGAUGUACAAUAAUUCGAACGGCACCUGGUCAAAUUCAAUGUAUAAUUCCAGCUCAAGGAAGUAAUCCAUCAUCAGUUACAGUCCGUAUUACUUCAAAUGGUAUAAAUUUUUCUGAUGCUUUUUCAAUAACGUAUAGCUCAGCUAUUACACCUACAAUUACAUCAAUUGAUCCUACAUCAGGAAGUGCUGGUGAAACAUUGACAAUUACAGGUACAAAUUUUGUUGAUGGUAAAACGAGUAUUUUAAUUGGUGGUAUUGCAAGCACAAUUAUCAAUAUGUCAACUACAUCCAUUACAUGUACACUUGGAUCAAGUCCAGCUGGAAAUCAAUCAGUAGUUGUUUAUGUAGAGUCUGUUGGUAAAUCAAAUUCAAAUAUUCAGUUUCAAUAUAUUUUACAAGUUACUAAUGUAACACCUUCACGCGGCAGCUAUGGUGGUGGUCAAACAAUAACUAUUUUCGGUGAUGGAUUUAAUGGAUCCAAUGCUAGAAUUACUAUUUGUAAUCGAACUUGUCAAUCGGCAGUUAUUGUAUCAAAUACACAAAUGACUUGUGUUACACCUUCGGAACCUAUUGCUUCAUCCGAUACAGCAUGCAAUUUAACAGUUACUGCUGGAAGUUUAACACAAAGUAUGUCGUAUAUUUAUGAAGUGAAUUUAACAGCAGUCGUAAUAUCAAUUAGUCCAAGUCGAGGGGGAACUGGUGGUGGUACACUUUUAACAAUCUUUGGAACAAAUUUUCCAACCAUAAUCAGUGCAGUAUCAGUUAGUAUUGCUGAUGUUUCAUGUUCAGUUCAAACAAUUUCAUCAACAAUGAUCACCUGCUUGACAGGUAGUUAUUCAAGAACAACAACUCAAGAACUUGUGAUUGUGAAUUUGGUUAAUGGUGGUAAUGCAGUCGGUUCAGUUCUAUAUCAAUAUAUUGAUCUUUGGUCAAGUCCAUGGACAUGGGGCGGUGAUAUUCCGCCUGAGGCUGGCACUAUUGUUUCAAUUGAAAAUGGCAAGACAGUUUAUUUCGACACAAUAACACCUAUUCUUAAAGCUGUGAUUAUUGACAAUGCAUCCUUAAUUUUUGAUGAUAAUCAAGACGUUAGUUUGAAUGCUGAAUACAUUUUGGUUGUUAAUGGUGGUCGUCUACAAAUUGGUACUGAAACAAAUCCAUUUCAGCAUAAAGCUGUCAUUACGAUGUAUGGUCAUUUAAGAUCAAUUGAAUUACCAAUCUUCGGAGCUAAAGUUUUGGCACUACGAGAUGGCAUCGUGGAUAUGCAUGGAAAAACUGUUACACAAACAUGGACACAUCUGGCUGCAACAGUUUCUAGUGGAUCAUCUCAAAUUACUCUUCGUCAAGCAGUAGAUUGGCCAGUGGGCAGUACGAUUGUCAUAGCAACUACAGGCGAUUAUUUAAGUCAAGGACAAACUGAGAUACGUGCUAUAACAGCUGUAUCAAACAAUGGACGUAUAUUAACAUUGGACUCACCAUUGAAAUACACUCAUUUGGGUGUAACACAAAAUGUUGGUUCGACAACAGUGGAAGUUCGUGCUGAAGUGGGUCUUCUGUCACACAAUGUUAUAUUUCAAGGCUCAGUUACUGAAACAUGGAAUACAUCCAUUGCAGCAUGUCCAACUGGUUUUAAUCCUGGUGAAUUCGCAGUUCAAACAUGUUUUCUUGGUCGAUAUGGUGAAGAUAUAGGUUCUGAUCAAUUUGGUGCAACUAUCAUGGUCAGUGCUAGUACCGAUAGUUCUGAUGGUAUACAACGAGUGAUACUGCGUUUAUCAAAUAUUGAAGUAUAUAAUGUUGGUCAAGCAUUUCGCCUCGGUCGAUAUCCAGUUCAUUUUCAUAUGAAUGGAAAUAUGAAUUUAUCAUAUAUUAAAUCAUCAUCAAUUCAUCAAACAUUUAAUCGAGCUAUUAAUAUUCAUGCAAGUCAUUAUGUCACAAUAGAAAAUAAUGUCAUAUAUAAUAUUAUGGGUGGAGCAAUCUUUUUAGAAGACGGUGUUGAAACGGGUAAUAUAUUAAAUGGUAAUUUAGCUGUGUUUGUUCGAACAAGUUCAAGUCUACUCAAUGAAGAUGUAACACCAGCUGCUUUUUGGGUGACCAAUCCAAAUAAUAUCGUUGUGAAUAAUGCUGUUGCUGGUGGUACUCAUUUUGGCUAUUGGUAUCGUAUGCUUCGAACACCUGAUGGACCAUCAUUUGCGAUGUAUCCCAAUUAUUGUCCUUAUCGACGACAAUUUGGUCGAUUUUUUAACAAUAGUGUGCACAGUGUUGGUCGUUUUGGUGUUUGGAUCUUUCCUGAAUAUUCACCCACAGUAGCGGGUAAUUGUUGGAAUGAUGCACCUUAUCAAGCAAUAUUUGAUGGUUUAAUAUCAUGGAAAAACUCUAAAGGUUUUGAAUGGGUUAUGUCAAGUUCAAUUCAAAUAAAAAAUACAAUUGUUUUUGAUAAUUAUGAUACGGGUCUUCGAUGUGUUACGGCUAUUAAUCAUCAAGCAACAAAUCUGCCAAAUCUUCGUGCCACAUUUUAUAAUGAAACUAGAGGUUCAUCAGUAAUUAAUUCAAUCAUAAUUGGUGAUUCAGGAGUAUCAGGAAAUCCAAUCGUACCAACAGAAGGUGGUCUUGUUGUUAUGUGGGAUCGUGGACUUCGUGUACGAAAUGUUUCAUUCAUUAAUUUUUCAAGUUCAAAUACACAAGCUAUUUAUGGACCAUUUAUUACUGGUCGUUGCAUUGUAUAUUGUGGAGGUUGGUUAACGAAAUUUUCUCAAUUAUCAUUUACAAAUGUAGCUAAUCGAGGUAAUUUUCGAUGGCCGUAUGAUGGUUUAUAUCAAGACGAAGAUGGUUCUUUGUCUAACGUAUCUGGUACAAUAAUUCUUGCACCUGAUGGUCUUUGGAAUACAUCAAAUGCAUGUAGACCAACACCGAACUUUAUCAAUGCAAUUACAUGUCCAUUAUCAUUAGGUACAUGGAUACGAUUUGCUUUUAAUAAAGCUAGUUUAGGACAAAAUGGUGAAUAUUUAAAUGUUUAUGAUCAAUUCAAUCAUCAUACCAUUGUACUUAAUCUUGCUAAACGACUAACACAUCCGUUAGGUUAUAUGAUGACAUUAUUAUCUAAAAAUAUUUAUUUAUUUCAAUUUCAAAAUGCUAAUAGUUCAGUCAAUUUGUCUUAUUCAGGUAUUGCUUAUGGUUUAGAACCUGGUGAUUAUCUUAUUAUACGUCAUAAGAUUGAUUAUAAGCCUGAUAUUGUUUAUACAACUUCAAGUUCAUUAGUAUCUAGUCAAUCAAAUACACCACUUAAUGGUUCAACAAAUAAUAAUGGUGACUGGCAUUAUAAUGCUAAUACAUCAAUAUUUUCUUAUAUGGUAAAAAAUCCAUCAUCAAAUAUUGUCUCAAUUGAUGUAUCAAUCUCAUUAAAUAUAAUCAAAUGUCGAUAUCCUAAUUGUCAACCACCACCACAACCUGGUCUUGAAUUACCUGCAACUGUUCGACCAACUACAGCAUUGUAUUGGUCAAAUAAUUCAGAUUGGUCAUUUGCAUUAGCAGGCUAUGGUGGAUAUGGAAGUAUUAAACCUGGUAAUGAUACAAAUAUAUUGAUUCCUCGUGGUAUAUGGCUUGUUGUCAAUUAUCCAUUACCUCGUAUUCGUUCAUUACGUAUCGAUGGUGUACUUGAGUUCGAACAAGGUAUUGAUAAUACUCUCGUUGUUAAUAGUAUUCUAAUUAAUGGAGGUCAAUUGAUUGUUGGUUGGCCGAAUAAACCACUUACUUCUAAAGUUGAUAUUAUCAUCAAUAGUUCUUCAUCUAUCAAUGUUUUAUUACCUAAUGAUGCUGGCUCUAUAGGACCUCAAGUAAUCGGUGUUUUAGGUGGUCUUGAUUUACAUGGUCUAAAACGUAAUGUUUCAUGGACACGUCUCAUUACAACAGCUUCAUCUGGUCAAAAUUCAAUUAUAUUAAGUCAACCAGUUGAUUGGAAAAUUGGUGAAGAAAUUAUACUAACAACAACAGAUACAAAUAUUGAACAUACAGAACGACAUACUAUUGCAAAUAUUAGUAUAGAUAAAACAAAAAUCAUAACCGUUAAUCCUCUUGUUUAUACACAUGUUGUUAUUCAUAAUGUAUUUCCAGAUGGAAAAAUAUUUCACAUAGCUGGUGCUGUUGGUCUUUUAACACGAAAUAUACGUGUAAUUAAUCGAAGUCCAGCUUCGGAAUUAUUCGGUUUUCGAAUUCUUGUUACUGAUUAUGCAGUAAAUAUAUGGAAUUCAGUAGCAAAUGAUUAUAUUUAUACAUAUUAUAAAGGUUAUGCUCGAUUAUCUAAUACACAAUUUAUUGGUUAUGGUCAAUAUGUUGAUGCAGCUAAUGAAGAUAAACGUGAAGGUAUUCAUUUAUAUAAUCUUGGUAAUUGGAAUUCAUCUCGACCAACAUAUAUUGAUUCAUGUUCAUUCGAUGGUGGUUAUUAUUCAGCAAUUGGUGUAUGGGAUACAAAUGGUAUCCCAAUAACAAAUAAUGUUGUUUAUAAAACUUAUGAAUCAGCAAUUGUUGUAACAGGAAAAAAUAAUAUUGUAGAAAAAAAUCUUGUCUCAUCUAUUUAUUGGUCAGGCACAGCUCAACCAAAAUUAGCAGAAUUUAAUACUAAUAAUGAUGGAGCUAUAAUGUCAAAAGAUGCUAUUAGUGUCAUUAUGAGGGACAAUUUAGUAGCAGGUGUAGAGCGUUUAGCUUAUCGUAUUCAAGGAAAUUCUUGUUCAGGAACUGUUUUACCAAAUGAUAUAACCAAUGAUUAUUCAAAUAAUGAAGUUCAUUCAGCAAUGUCUGGUUUUAAUAUUUGGCCUAUGGAUAAAGGUUUUGAAUAUGAUUCGAAGUGUAUAUUGAUUCAUGAUUUCAAAACCUAUAAAGCAUGGUAUUAUGGUCUAUAUAUCAAUACUGCUCGCAAUAUUAUUAUUGAUUCCUGUACAGUAGCCGAUGGUAAUGUUGGUAUAUUUACACUUGUUAUUGGUCCUACAGCUAUAUCACAUGUAGCCGGUAAUAAUUCAGUAACAAUUCUUAAUUCAAUGGUUAUUGGUUCUAUAACACCUGACGAUUGUAAUGAUACUCCGAAUACAACUACAGUCAGUUCAAUAAAUAGUAUAAAAGCUAUUCCAACUGUAUCAGCUACAUCAUCAGCAGGAGAUCCUGGUGGUCGAUCAGGUAUUGUCUUUCCAUUUUUUUCACGUGAUAAUUUGAUGCCACGUCAUCCAUGGACUGGUAUUGCUGCGUAUCCAUGUAUUGACGGUUUAAUGACAAUAACAAAUGUAACAUUAGCAUUUUAUAAUGAUAUAUGUUCACGUCGUGAUAUAGCUAUUCAAGUUGGACAACAUAAUGAUGAUGGUCAACAUCCAAUAGUAACUAAAUUAAUAUCAGUAUAUAAUACAUCACAAAUGAAUUUGAUAUUUAAUGGACGACCAAAUCUAAAUGUUGUGAAUCCGAGUGAUUGUGUUGAUAUGGAUUGUGAUGGUUUAAAGAAAAAUUUACUGAUUGAUACUGAUGGAACAUUAUUUGGUCAACCAACAAGUGUUUUCUCUCAAGCUGAAUAUCUUUGGGGUGAUCAACAACAUGGUGUUGGUGAUUAUCGUAUUCCAUCAGUUGCAUUAGCAAAUCUUACAGGUCAUAUGAUAAAUAUAAAUACUUUAUAUCCUAAUCGUGGUAUUAGUCGUGCACCAACAUGUAUUUAUCGAACAUCAUGGCAAAUGUAUUUUUGUCCAAAUACAACUGAUUAUCGAAUGUUAGUUAUUGAAAAUAUGGAUUCAGAUACUGAAACAAGACGUCUAUCACCUGUAGCUAUUAUGUCUGAUAAUGGUUAUAUUGAUUUAAUAAAUGGACCACAAGAUCAUGGUUGGUGUAAUGGAUAUACAUGUCAAAAACGUAUAUCAACAUUUAUGUCAUUAGUACAAUCAAGACAUCGUUACGAUGUAUAUUUAUCAAGUACAACACCAAAUCAUAUACGUUUUCGAUUACUUAAUAGUGAUUCAUCAAUCGUGAAUAUUUUAUCACUUUAUUAUGAUUCAUUACAACAAAUUGAUGUUUAUGCUAAUAAUAUUUAUGUAUCACCAGUAAAUCGUGAUUUAAGUUAUAGUUAUUUAAUAUUAACUGAUCAACCAAAUAAUAUAACAUUUACAUCUACACCGGGUUCAAACUAUUUUAAUAGAAAAACAAGAAUGGCAUCAUUUUUAAUUAAUGGUAUAACUGUAAUUGAUUUAAAAAUUUCUGAAUUGGUUGUACUUAAUUUUAAUUUACCACCACAAACACCAUCAUCAUUUUUUUCAUCAAAUUUAACUGCUAAUCUAGCUGCUAUACUCGGUGUCAGUCCAGAUAAAAUUCGACGUGUUAACAUCGUUGCAGCUAAUAAUAAUUAUACUGGUCGUAUUCGUCGUCAAUUAUCCACCAUAGAAUUAACUGUUGAAAUACGUGAUGAUCCAGUAGCAAAUUUAUCAACCAAUUCUACUGUUGAAACUGAACCAAUUUCAAAUAUUUGUGCAGCUAUUAUUAAUCGUUAUCAAUCAGGUGAAUUGCAUCGAGCAUGGGCAGAAAAUCCUUUUACUGGUAAUACAACACCAACAGAUUUAAGCAUUCAAGAACCAUUUAAUCAAUCAUCUAUAUCACUAAGUAUAAUUCAUCGAAUAGAACUUGUUACACCUCCAUCAUCUUGUCGUGAACAAAGUCCAUGUGCUAUACAACCAAAACUCAUUGCAUAUGAUGAAGAUGGAAAUGUUAUAGAAAAAUUAGGAUCAAAUGAUCAACCAUGGCAAGUUAUGGCUAGUGUUGUUGAUGAUUCAAAUAUAACAUUAAUUGGUGCAAUUGCAAAUUAUUCUAAUGGACAAACACAAUAUACAUCAUUUGGUUUGUCAGCUACAGGUCAUUAUCAAGUACAAUUUGCUUUUAUUCAACCAAAUAAUGUAACAAGUUCAUUUAUGUCUAAUAUAAAUUUAACAGCUAAUUCAUCAUCAUUAACAAUUACAAAAGCUAUAUUAGCUGCAAAACAAAUUGAUCAUAUAUAUGUUGUUUCAAUAAAUGAAACAUUUAAUAUAUCAGUUGUUAUUGUUGAUAGUCAAUCUCAUUUACCAAUUGGAAAUAUACAUUGGCGUGAUAUGACAUGGUCAGCAAAUGUAUCACUUUAUAAUUUACCAGAGUUUAAUAGUAAUGGAACAUUAACUAAAACAAAUACAUCAUCAAUUAUAAUUAAUCCAAUAAAAAGUACAAUUAUUGCAACAGAUUUAGUAAUUGAUACUAUUGGAAUGUAUGUUAUUAAAGUUCAAUUAGCAUCAUCGAAUAAUGAAUAUGCAUUUUCACUUGUAUCAAAUGGAAUUUUAGUUAAAAAAAAUUCAACGACUCUUAAUAGUAAUAGUGGUGCUCCAUCAUCAUAUAUAAUAUUUGAUGGAGAUUAUGAUAAAUUUCAAACAAAUGGUUUACUGGAAAUUAAACGAGCAAUUAUCUAUAAUUAUUUAAUUUGUAUUGGAAUGCCAAUAGCUACUGAUAUUACUGUAACAAAAGGUAGUAUUUUAGCAUGGUUUGAUGUUAAUGCCGACCCUACAAGUUUAGCUUCAGCUCUAGACAGUAUUGCUUCAGAUCCAAAUGCUAUGUCUGAUUUAAUAGCAAAGUCAAUAAAUAUUAAUGGUAAUACAUAUUCGACUUCAGCUUCUUCAUCGGAUUCAACCACUGAAACUUCAUCAUCAAAUAAUAAAUCAUUAAUUAUUGUUAUUGUUGUGUGUGUUGUUGUUGGUAGUGCAAUUAUUAUAUUUAGUGUGUACUUUGGUAUUAGAGCAUAUAAAAAACAAUAUCAACGUCGUCGUCUUAUAGAUGAACCUACAGAUCAAUAUUCAACUGCGAAUGCUGAAACACAAUCUGAUGAAAAUAUUACAGCUAAAACGGAACCAAAAAAGAAUAAUUUCCAACUUACACAACCUAUAUUAGGUUCAGUUGGUCUUUCAGCAAAGAAUACUAAUCAAGUUAAGCCAUUAAUUACAAACAUGGAAAAGACAGAUCGGCCACCGUCAGGUUCUGUUAGUGUUACCAUGCUUGAUUUUACUAAUGUAAACAGUGACGAUCGUGCAAAUGCAUCAUUAUCAGCUGUUCAAUCGAAAUAA